CGCUGCGGCCGUGGCGGAGAACGACGGCGAAGACGCGGGCCGCUCCCUCCGCUCCCUGCGCGCGGCACCGCUCCGUCUCGCUCACCGGCCCUCGGGAGUACCGGCGGGGAAGCGGGAUGGAGUGAUAGGGAAGAUGUUUGUGGAUUCUUCUGUGGGAUUAGAGGGCACGUCUGUUAUAAUCAGAAAACUCCAAGUAUAGCAGCAGGGAUGGAUGAACAGGCUCUUUUAGGGCUAAAUCCAAAUGCUGAUUCAGACUUCAGACAAAGGGCCCUGGCCUAUUUUGAGCAGUUAAAGAUCUCCCCAGAUGCCUGGCAGGUGUGUGCAGAAGCUCUAGCCCAGAGGACAUACAGUGAUGAUCACAUCAAGUUUUUCUGCUUUCAAGUUUUAGAACAUCAAGUUAAAUAUAAAUAUUCAGAGCUAACUACUGUUCAACAGCAACUAAUUAGGGAGACGCUCAUAUCUUGGCUUCAAGCUCAGAUGCUGAAUCCUCAACCAGAGAAGACCUUUAUACGAAAUAAAGCAGCCCAAGUCUUCGCCUUGCUUUUUGUUACGGAAUAUCUCACUAAAUGGCCCAAGUUUUUUUUUGACAUUCUCUCAGUAGUGGACCUAAAUCCAAGGGGAGUAGAUCUGUACCUCCGAAUCCUCAUGGCUAUUGAUUCUGAGUUGGUGGAUCGUGAUGUAGUGCAUACAUCAGAGGAGGCUCGUAGAAAUACCCUAAUAAAGGAUACCAUGAGGGAACAGUGCAUUCCAAACUUGGUGGAAUCAUGGUACCAAAUCCUGCAAAAUUAUCAGUAUACUAAUUCGGAAGUGACAUGUCAGUGCCUUGAAGUAGUUGGGGCUUAUGUAUCUUGGAUAGACUUAUCCCUUAUAGCCAAUGAUAGGUUUAUAAAUAUGCUGCUAGGUCAUAUGUCAAUAGAAGUUCUACGGGAAGAAGCAUGUGAUUGUUUAUUUGAAAUUGUAAAUAAAGGAAUGGAUCCAGUUGAUAAAAUGAAACUAGUGGAAUCUUUGUGUCAAGUAUUACAGUCUGCUGGGUUUUUCAUCAUUGACCAGGAAGAAGAUGUCGACUUCCUUGCCAGAUUUUCUAAACUGGUAAAUGGAAUGGGACAGUCAUUGAUAGUUAGCUGGACUAAAUUAAUUAAGAAUGGGGAUAUCAAGAAUGCUCAAGAGGCACUACAAGCUAUUGAAACAAAAGUGGCGCUGAUGUUGCAGCUACUAAUUCAUGAGGAUGACGAUAUCUCGUCUAACAUUAUUGGAUUUUGUUAUGAUUAUCUUCAUAUUUUGAAACAACUUUCAGUGCUCUCGGAUCAGCAAAAAGCUAAUGUAGAGGCAAUCAUGUUGGCCGUUAUGAAAAAAUUGACUUAUGAUGAGGAAUAUAACUUUGAAAAUGAGGGUGAAGAUGAAGCCAUGUUUGUAGAAUAUAGGAAACAACUGAAGUUAUUGUUGGACAGGCUUGCUCAAGUUUCACCAGAAUUACUGCUGGCUUCUGUUCGUAGAGUUUUUAGUUCUACACUGCAGAAUUGGCAGACUACACGAUUUAUGGAAGUUGAAGUAGCAAUAAGAUUGCUGUAUAUGUUGGCAGAAGCUCUUCCAGUAUCUCAUGGUGCUCACUUCUCAGGUGAUGUUUCAAAAGCUAGUGCUUUGCAGGAUAUGAUGCGAACUUUGGUAACAUCAGGAGUUAGUUCCUAUCAGCAUACAUCUGUGACAUUGGAGUUCUUCGAAACUGUUGUUAGAUAUGAAAAGUUUUUCACAGUUGAACCUCAACACAUUCCAUGUGUACUAAUGGCUUUCUUAGAUCACAGAGGGCUGCGGCAUUCCAGUGCAAAAGUGAGGAGCAGAACUGCUUACCUGUUUUCUAGAUUUGUCAAGUCUCUCAAUAAACAAAUGAAUCCUUUUAUUGAGGAUAUUCUGAAUAGAAUACAAGAUUUAUUAGAGCUUUCUCCACCUGAGAAUGGUUACCAGUCUUUGUUGAGCAGCGAUGAUCAGCUAUUUAUUUAUGAGACAGCUGGAGUGCUGAUUGUUAAUAGUGAAUACCCCGCAGAACGGAAGCAAGCGUUAAUGAGGAAUCUGUUGACUCCACUAAUGGAAAAGUUUAAAAUUUUGUUAGAAAAAUUGAUGCUGGCACAAGAUGAAGAAAGGCAGGCAUCUCUAGCAGACUGUCUCAACCAUGCUGUUGGAUUUGCCAGUCGGACCAGCAAAGCUUUCAGUAACAAGCAGACUGUGAAACAAUGUGGCUGUUCCGAAGUUUAUCUGGACUGUUUACAGACAUUCUUGCCAGCUCUGAGUUGUCCCUUACAAAAGGAUAUUCUCAGAAGUGGAGUUCGCACUUUCCUUCAUCGCAUGAUAAUUUGCCUAGAGGAAGAAGUUCUUCCGUUCAUCCCAUCAGCCUCAGAACACAUGCUGAAAGAUUGUGAAGCAAAAGACCUUCAGGAGUUCAUUCCUCUUAUCAACCAGAUUACAGCCAAAUUUAAGAUACAGGUAUCUCCAUUUUUACAACAAAUGUUCAUGCCUCUACUUCAUGCAAUUUUUGAAGUGUUGCUUCGACCAGCAGAAGAAAAUGACCAGUCUGCUGCUUUAGAGAAGCAAAUGUUGCGGAGGAGUUACUUUGCUUUCCUGCAAACAGUCACAGGCAGUGGAAUGAGCGAAGUCAUAGCAAAUCAAGGUGCAGAGAAUGUAGAACGAAUUCUAGUUACUGUGAUUCAAGGAGCAGUCGAAUAUCCAGAUCCAAUUGCACAGAAAACAUGCUUUAUCAUCCUCUCCAAGUUGGUAGAACUCUGGGGUGGUAAAGAUGGACCAGUGGGAUUUGCUGAUUUUGUUUAUAAGCACAUUGUCCCUGCGUGUUUCCUAGCACCUUUAAAACAAACCUUUGACCUGGCAGAUGCACAAACAGUAUUGGCUUUAUCUGAGUGUGCAGUGACACUGAAAACAAUUCAUCUCAAGCGGGGUCCGGAAUGUGUUCAGUAUCUUCAACAGGAAUACUUACCUUCCUUGCAAGUAGCUCCAGAAAUAAUUCAAGAGUUUUGUCAAGCUCUUCAGCAGCCUGAUGCUAAAGUUUUUAAAAACUACUUAAAGGUGUUCUUCCAGAGAGCAAGGCCCUAAGAACUGGAUCUCCCUGUGCCUACUUCAUGAUCAGGAUUUAUGAUCAAAAAUUCCAGUUAAUAAUUUAUAAAGAAGCAGUUUUGUGUGCCAUUCACACUGGUCUUUUUAACUUGGCCCUGAGCUUAUUGCAGUAUAUGUAUUGGGAUUUUCUGUAAAAUGUGUGUAAUUUUCCCUAAAUACGGGUAUGUAACAACAAGAGAAGUUGCUUGCAUGCCGAUUCAAAUUGUUCUAUAUAAAAAGCUGUUAAAAGAUACAGCAUAGUUAUUCUAGUACCAUUUUAUCUUUACUUGAAACUUUAAGUCCUUUAAAGACCAUAGCAGGAAAACUGUACUUUUUUAAAUUGCGGAAUAUAAAAUGUUUGAAAUUUUAAAUUUUCUUUUAUCUGUGCAGACUUAAAGUAAGGAAGUGGGAUACAACAGAUCAAAACUAAUUUUUUGUAGAUAGCCAUUACAUUUCUUUAAAAUGUUUCGAUGCCAAUAAGUAUUCUACAAAAAAGAAUGGUUUCAUAAAUUAACUGAUUUAAGAGUAGGUACCGGUGUUAUACAUUUUUUUAUAAAAAUAAAAUAAAAUAAAUUUUACAUAGUGAA